GCAAAAAAAAAAAAAAAAGAAGGGAGAGUUGAUGUCGAGGAGUUAGAAAGCUCAGAAAGCGCAACUUUUGGGAGAGAGAGAAAGAGAGCGAGAUAUAGAGAGACAGCUCGAGAGAGAGAGAGAGAAAGAGAAAUAAAGUUCAGGCACCAGUGCAAAAGGACGUGGAGCUACACAAGACCCAGCUGCUUUUACAGAUUUCAUACUGAACGAAAACGCAUCCUGGGAGACUUCAUGUGCAUCACAAUCUUCUACACAUCUUAACAAACUUGCAAGGAUUUUUGUUUUCUGCGGGUUGUUUUCUGCGUUUAGGCGUGUGGUGCGUUAAGCUUCAAAAUCACUUUGGUGCGUUUAUUUUUCAAGGAUUAAUAAACAGAUUGCGCACUUUAUUUGUUUGUUUCUGAAGCAUCAUCAUACGUUUAAUUCCGUCUAAACUGCUCACGCCAUAUUUUUUUAAUGAAUUGAUGGGGAAGAAACUCCCUGUUAUGCAGACUCCUUAAAUCAACAUCGCUUUUUUUUCUUUUUUCUUUUUUAAUGCCAUGGAAGGAUCCAGCGCGUCCAGUUUUGGAAUAGACACCAUUUUAUCUUCCGCCGGUUCCUGCAGCUCGGCGCUCGCGAUGAUGGACGGAGACUUCCGGGCGGCGGAUUUCCGGAGCCGCGCAACGCCUUCGCCCUGCUCGGAUGUAGACGCGGGCGCGAGGAGCCCUUCGUCCCCGAUCUCUGUCACUGCGGAGCCACCUGAACCGCAUGCGGUGCAAGACGGCCUUCAUCAUCAUCUCCAUCAUCACCAUUAUCAUCCGGUGGCCCAAAAUCCGGCCGCGUGCGCCCCGCGGACCGCAACCUCCUCUUUUUUGAUCAAGGACAUUUUGGGCGACGGGAAGCCGCUGGCAGCGUGUGCGCCCUACAGCGCGAGCCUCGCACCCUCCCCGCAGCACCAGCGUCAGCAUCAUCACGCUCCGAAAGCAGAGAGCGCGGACUGUCUCACCCCAAAAUCGGAGCACGACGAGCACGGGGGCAAAGCAGAAAAAAGAGAGGACAUUCAUAACGACUCAAAAUGCAACGGAACAAAAGAAGAGGGUGAUCGGGAAAUCUCGAGCUCCAGAGACAGCCCGCCUGUACGCGCUAAAAAGCCGCGGAAAGCGAGAACAGCCUUUUCGGACCAUCAGCUGAACCAACUGGAGCGCAGCUUCGAGCGCCAGAAGUACCUGAGUGUGCAGGACCGCAUGGACCUGGCAGCAGCGCUAAACCUCACCGACACACAGGUCAAGACCUGGUACCAGAACCGACGGACGAAGUGGAAGCGGCAGACGGCGGUAGGUUUGGAGCUGCUGGCUGAAGCGGGCAGCUACUCGGCGCUGCAGCGGAUGUUUCCGUCACCAUAUUUCUACCCACCGGGGCUCCUCGGCUCUGUGGACGGAACAGCGGCAGCGGCGGCGGCAGCAGCAGCGAUGUACAGCAGUGUGUAUCGGAACAGCGCACCGGCGCCGCAUCCCGCAGCCACUCUGCACAGACCGCUCGUGCCGCGCGUGCUAAUUCACGGCCUGGGCGCGAGCGGGCAACCGGCUCUCAACCCGCUGGGGAACCCUGUUCCUGGCACGCCGCAUCCUCGGUAAAAAAAAUAAAUAAAAAAGAACAACAGAAAAAAAAUCAAUGAAAAAAGACAUUGGAGAGCAAGAACUGAAUCAGACUGAAAGCGCUGAUUUUUUUUUUUUUGAAAGGACACGCAGCGCUUUUUCUCCAAGACAGAAUACUAAAAGACAGUUUUAUCGAAGAACAACAACAAGAAGACGAUGAAGUGUUAUUAUUUAAUAUGGACCAUGCAUUUCUGAGUUAUGGCCGUGCACAAAAAAGGUGACUGUUCAUAUGCCGGAUUGUUGUUUUGAUUUUCUUUUCCUUUUUUGUACAAAUACACUUAUACUACUAAAUAAAUGUAAAUUUUAUUAGA